UCUGCUCUGAACUUCCUUGCCUCAUCUCUGCAGUUAUUGGAACCUAUGUUUGUGUAGGAAUGUGGGCUGUUGUGGUGUUUGAUGAGGAAGAAGCAACUGCCGCUGUCCCCAUUACUUGGGUGUCUGAGGGAAAGUGUUGUUGGCCGGGAGCAAAAAAUAGAUCUAGGCUGAUUCAGCAGUGUGUGAUGCCUGCUCCUUCAUGGCCCCAGUUUCCCUGCAGAGUGCUUCAAAUCUCAGGUGAUUAUGAAAAAGCAAGAAAGUUAGCUUGGAAAGCUGAGAAGAGUUCUGAUCUGGAGCAGCCCUCUGACUUGGAGUUGAAUGAUGGAGAGACACGAAAAUCCACUCGAAUCAAGAAGACCCCGGUUUUCUCAGAUAAUGAAGAUGAUGACGAAUCUUGGCAAAGUUUUGAAGUGCCACCAUCACCUUGGAGAAAGCAUUCCCUUGAGUCACCUCUAGUUUCAUCUUCUGCUUCUCAUCAGCUGCCUCCUCCACCCCCACAUCCAUUUGAUGCAACCUCUAAGCACUUGCAGCAGGGCUCUUCAGGCCUUCACCAUUCCUUUUCCCAGUCGCACAUCAGUUCUGAGCAACAUCAGUCAUCUUCCCUCCUUUUACAUCUCCUGAGAAAGAUGCAAAAAGGAUGGGUGGCCCUUGAGUAUCCCUUCUGUGACUGGACUGUCUCAAGAAGUGGAAAGUGUUUCCGCACCCUUCACAAUCGUGGAGAACAUGUAUCUGGAUUGAGCCGAGAGGUCAAGAAGCUCCGGAAGACUCUUGGGAGCCCAGUUGAGCUUAGUCCUCAACUCACUGAUAUUCAGCUUUCUGAAGACUUGCCAACUUUUCCGCUUGACUCAGAAGAUGACCUUAGACAGUGGAAUGAAAACUUGAAGAGAAAGGAACUUAAGACAAAUCUGCAAGCCAUCCAACUUCAUCCAUCCAACUUCCCUCUCCUCCAUGUCAUAAUUGAUUCAGUCCUUCAAAUGAACAAGAUCUUCAAGUCUGAGGACAUCUUCAAAGCGCUCUCAGAUGAAUUCAGAUAUGCCCCAGGGCACCUAGGUGGAGGGGGAUGGCUCCAAGAUAUGAAAGUGAAGGAAGUGAGGGUGAUAUGCUUUGCACAAUUUUGGGCACUCGGAGAAAAGGAGACGAAGUUCACCGAUGCCAAACUGGACGAAAGGAAAGCGAGGCUCUUGCAUGCAGCUCGAUCGGACGUUCAUCCCGCUCGCCAUUUCCUCUGGGAGUCUGUUCUUAGUUUGGAUUUUAGGGGCUUGAAGCAUCAAUGUUUCCCAAUGAAUGAAAAUGACUCCAUAUUGGGCCAGAUAAUCCAGUUGUUCCGCAACACAUCUACCCUUGUGUUGAAAAAAAGCCUUGGGCACAGUGCCAUGUCAGCAACCAGAGCUGUCAUUUCCCUACCAGCCUCCAUGGCUGAUGGAUCCAACCUAGACAAUUGGAGUGGGAGGCAGCACCUACACGUGGCAGCAAAGAGAGGGCUGUUGUCCGAACUCACAUCAACGAUGCUGCAGUGUACUCUCCUCUCAUCUUCUGACCUCUCCCUACUUGGCUCACAGUCUUUCUGA